AUGGGGGAGAAGGGGGGCCAGGUGGUGGAGGUGAUGGUGAUGGUGAUGGAGGAGACGGAGGUGAUGGAGGUGAUGGAGGAGAAGGAACAGGAGCAAGAGGAAGACGAGAGAGAGCUUCAUAAACCUUUGGGUGCCGAGAGUACGGCCCGGACUAAAAGACCAACGCCAUGGGGAUCUAAGACGGUGCCAGGCCUGAUGAGCGAAGUCAUGGACUCCGUCUGGGUGGUUUGCCGCGACGGGUCAAGGGCAGACGUGUGGUUCAUCAGCGGCCCACAAGCGACCUUCCCGCGAAUGCAAAGACUCGACAUACCCAAUGCAGCUGUGUACAAUAGUGACUCUUUUGGGCCGCAGCGGCAGAAUGGCCAGCAUCGUGCCAUACUUCCCCGAUUGCAGGACUUCAUCAGAGGAGACAACAACGUUUCCCCCAUUGCUGCUCAGCCCUUCGGAAAAGAGCCGACCACCGCCGCCGAUGGAUGUACGCGGUUUUCUGAACCGAACAUCCAUUAUGACCAGACGGUGUCCCACACGUACUAUUCAACGAAGGUUCCGCAUUCUCUUCAAUUCAGAAGCGAGCUGCGGACCAUCGAGGAUCUAUUCGUAUCAUGAGGCUGGUGAUUACCGUAGUUAGAGCAUGCGGGCGGACUUGAUCUGGAGAAACUCACGGGCGCUUAUCCCAUAGUACACACGC